AUCGUCUGUAGUCCCUUUAUCGCCAUCUCCGCUUAUGAACGUGAACAUGGAAUCCCUGAUAAUUACCUCAACUGCUCCAUCGUCGAGAGAGGCCAUCAAGGCGCCUGGCAGAAAUUUGAGAGAGGAGAGUUAUCCUUGAUGCCAUUCUAUGAGGCAUUUAGCCGUGACUUAUCAGACACGGAGAACGGAAAUAAGUGGUACGAGGACUACUGUCGACGUCGUAAUAUUGCCUGCCCGCCGUUGCCGAAACAGCUGAACGUUGACGGACGAGAGCUUUUCGGCGCGAUGAUGAGAUUGUCCGCGGAAUACGAUCCCCAUAUUAUAGAGGCGAUCCGCCGCAUUCGUGCUGUCGGAAGACACAAAAUCAUUGCUCUGACCAAUAACUACGCGAGGUCCGGCGCGGACAGUCAGAUUCCUCCGUCGGAACUCAAAUUCCUAGGCUGGGACGAAGGAGGUGCUACACCAAAGCGACUCCAAUCUUUGUUUGAUGAUUUCUGCGAUAGUAGCGUUAUGGGCAUGAGGAAACCCGAACCUGACUUUUAUCUUCUCGCGUGCGAACGAAACGAUCUGGAUCCCCGAGAGGCUAUAUUCCUCGACGAUAUUGGAAUGAACCUUAAGGCAGCUAAGAAACUGGGAAUGGAGACGAUUCGUGAGUGCCUAUAA